CAUCAUUUUUGGUGGCAUUCUGCAGCAGCACCAUGUCGACAAUAGAUGACAUCUUCGCCGACUACCUGGGCCGAAGCGACGGCGCGGACCUGGACAGCGACAUGUUCCUUGAAGAGAUCUUACUUGCGCCGACGGCCCUUCUUCCGGCGGACGAGGCGAACGCGCCGGCCCGCAAGAAGCCCAAGCGCCGCCUCAAGACCGAGCUCGACUACCUCCGCGCAAAAUGCAGCGACCUUCAAGACGAGCUCCGCGCGCUGGAGGGCCGUGUGACAGUGCCCUCAUUGUCGAUCUGGGAAGCGCGCGCCACCGAGCAAGCGCUGGCCGCCCGACGCGCGACCCAGGAAAAUGCCCAGCUCAAGCAAGCACUCGAAGAGCAGCUCAAGCUCAUCCAAGUGCUCGAGCGCGCGUUCCGCAAGAUCCCGCGGCUCAGUGCCUUCCCAUUGACGUCCGAGGGCUGGCGCCACGCGCGACUUAGCGCGAGCGAUCGUUCGACGGACGCCACGGCGCUCCUCGCGCACCAGUUGACCAAGCUCGAGUCCGAGUGGAUUCGCCACUCGCUCCACACCAAGGAGGACAAGCGCAAGGUGUGGGUCCAAGGCAAUUCGCAAGGCGACGUCGGCCUCGUCAUGCACUUCGUCAAUUCGCAUGCGUGGGCCAUCGACUAUGAGCAGCUCGCUGACAUUUACUGGGAGUACAUUGUGGCCCAAAUUCCCGCUGAUUUUUCAACGCCCGUGCACCUCGAGGUUCUCGAGCAGUGGGCGCCCAACUUGGUCUACACACGGUACCAAGCCCAGGACGCAGCCAAGCAAUUUCCGGUGUUCGAAGGACGGACGGUCACCCAGCGCUACGACCAAGUGGGCCGGAUUGCGUUUGUGUGGCGCUCCAUCUUGGACGACGACGGUCGCCCGUUUGAUCCGAACCAUGCGCGGGACAACCAAAGCGGCUGGGCGGUCAUUGAGCCCGAGAGCCCGACGCGUGCCCGGUUUUCGAUUUACUUUACGCUGACGCCGCCCAUCCUCCCGGCCGCGCACCUCGGGUGGCCCCAGUUUCCCAUCGGCGCGUUCACCGACACGGUCACAUCGAUCUUUAUGGCCAAUAGCGCCAAGUUUGUCGUCGCGCUCGAGGCGCAAGUCGCAAAGCGGACACGCGCCAUUGCCAAUGAAUAGUAGCCAUCUAUCGCAACCUCCGAGGCCAUAUAAGAUCUGACAGCUGGGCAGCCUCUUGCCGUUAAAACGCUGGGUACGUGGCGUGACGGCCAGUGCAUGAGCAAAAAAAAUAUUCGCAUCUCGC